CCAAAGUCUUGUCAUUUUAAUUUGGCAUGGGGGUGUUUUGGAUUUUUAGAAGCUAAGUAUGUUUGCUUUUCUUUUUCUUUUUCAAAUUCAUAUGUGGGGACUGGUUCUGCUUCUCCCUCUUUCUGUGCCUCUCCUUCUCUGACACUGCAGUCCCCUCUCUCUCUCUCUCUCUUUCUCUCUCCAUCUAUCUUCUAUGGCGUAAGCUUGAUUCCUGAUAGUGCAAGCAAAGCAAACAUCCCACGCUUUACUUUUGUUUGGUCAUAAGCUUCUAAAAUUCUGUGUUUUUCCCUCUUUGUCCUGUAAAAUUUCUUCUUCUUCAUCCUCUCCUCUCUCUCUCUCUCUCUCUCUCUCUCUUCAUCUUUUCCCAACCUUUAUGCUCCCUCACUACUGCUAUAAACCUCUUGUUUAGUCUCACACAACCGCAGCCCUUCUACCAAACCUCUCAUUUUGUUUCUUCCUGAUGCUCUUCUUUGUUUACUCCCCUCCUCUCUAAGCUCUUCCUGUGAAACUUCUCAUGGAUAAUACCAACAGGGAGUUCUUUGGAUAAUUCCAUUUCUUCCUAUGAGCCAUGAACGUUGCCAAGAAGAGCUUACUUCUGGUUUAGCUUUGCGACUAUUCUCCACCACCCUGCAGCCUGUUCCUCUCUCAGUUCACAGGAGAGAAAGGUGGGUUUUUGUAGUCUUGGCUUGCCCACCAUUUUGGUUACAUCUCUCCGAUAAUCUCACAUAGAUUUGCUAUAUUUUGUUCAUCUCUUAUGCUGUCCCUCUGAGGCAAUGAAAUAGGCUUUUGAAACCCAGGAUGAAGUUCUAGUUUCCACACACACAACAAUGAGAUCAAUAGUUCUUGAAUCUAAAGUCCACAAAUUUACCUUCUUGAAAACCAAAAUUCAUGAUUUAUGUUCUCUAGCUAACAAAGACUCCUUGCUCUCAUUGACCACUGUCCUUCUUUGGAACAGAUCUACCACUAAUUCUUGUGUGCUAGAGAUGAAAUUUCUUACCAAGUCAAACUGCUCGUUUCAAGUUCCUGUGAUGCUUUGAUGUAUUUUCCCAGUGUUUGCGGAAAGAAAGCCCCAAAAAUGUGGAAUUUACUCUGUGUUCAGACUAUGUUUUCUUUUUACUGUCUUCCACCACUCUUGGGCCUUCAAUGUGGGGAAAGAGGUACAGGAGCAAGUACCAGUAUAAGGUUGUAUAGUGGUCUCAGAGCUAAUUUUCCUGUUCCUUUCUACCGAGAGACUUCAGAAGGCCAAAAAAGAACAGUGAAAGGAAGAGGAAGAGAGAGCGCGGAGAUUGAGAGAGAGAGAGAGAGGAUGGAUCUUUCUGGUCAUGACGGGGAUAUCCCAAUCCCAAUAACAAGCACUUAUGUUGUUGGCCAUGGUCCACCCCAUGGCCACGGCAUGACCCAUGACACCUCUCCCCUCCACCACCGCUCCAGUGGCUCUUCCCCUCCUCCCGCUGCCGCUGCUGCUGCUCCUCCUCCUCCCUCCCUCUCCGCAGCCACCACCGAGGACCACCACCACAGCACCAAUCCGUACAGCACCAAGAAAGGGCUGGUGGUGAAGUACAGGGAGUGCCUCAAGAACCAUGCAGCCGCCAUUGGUGGGAAUGCCAAUGAUGGUUGCGGUGAGUUCAUGCCCAGCGGCGAGGAGGGGACUCUGGAAGCCUUGAAGUGCUCCGCCUGCAACUGCCACAGGAACUUCCACCGGAAAGAAGUAGAAGGGGAGUCCUCUUACGACUGCUACCACCCCUUCAAGGGACGGAAAGCAAUAGGCCAGAGAGGCCUCCUGAUCUCAGGGGCAGAUCCAUUUGGCUACAACCCCGGCAGCAACAGCCUCAUUCCGAGGCCACCACCUCACAUGAUCAUGCCCCUGGGUGCCAUGCAGACAUCUGAGUCCGAUGAGAUGGAGGGGGCGGGUGGUGGGAUGAUGGCGAGGCCACCCUUGGUGAAGAAGAGGUUCAGGACCAAGUUCACUGCAGAGCAGAAGGAGAAGAUGCUUCACUUCGCAGAGAAGGCGGGCUGGCGGCUUCAGAAGCAGGAAGAGAGCGCGGUGCAGCAGUUCUGCCAGGAGAUCGGGGUGAAGAGGAGAGUCCUCAAGGUGUGGAUGCACAACAACAAGCACAACUUGGCCAAGAAGACCCCUCUCCAGCUCGAAUGACUGCUGCAGCUGGCUCCCCUCUCACCAAGCCAAACUGUUCUUCUCUAUUUGGUUCAUGUCUCACACUUGGAAUGUGGAUGUUAGAGUUCUAAUUGGGUGGUAGCAUGCCACUGCCAUGGUCCCUCGUACAUGUCACUCUGGAGAUCUUCUCUUUGACAGAGUCUUGAGGUAGGUGGUAGCAUGACAUAACCAUCAACCCUUCCAUAAGCUGCUGUCCUGGGAUUUCCUCUUGACAUCUAAAUUGACAAGGUGGUGUAAGUUGAUUAGUUUGGCAGACAGAGUCAUGUGUCUUUGUUUCUUUCUCCUCUUCCUUUUUCCAAGAAACCUGAGUUUACAGAUCUUAUGCA